AUGCAGGACGACUUUGCUCCCUUGUCUCUUGACUCCCAGUUGGUCGACGAAUUCGAGGCUGCUCCCUUUGUGUCCAACACGACCUCAUCGUGCUCCUCCUACCUCAACUCCCCUCUUGUCGACGAGUCUUGUGGACAGACCAUGGCGAACCUGCACAGGCUUUUGCAGUCCCAGGAUGAAGACAGGGAUGUGGCUUUGCCGUGUCCAAGCAGAGACAAGCAGCUCAGAGCUCUCCGGCAUUGCAUUGAGUUGCUCACGCGCCCAGAGAAACCUGAGAUUUACGGGGCAACAGGAGAGCUGAUUCAAUUGUGA